AUGAAGAAUUUAUGUUCUUUUCUUCAGAUUAACAGAAAUAUGAAUCAAGGAAACCAAACCACCAUCUCUGAAUUCAUCCUCCUUGGUCUAUCCAACCAGGCUGAGAAGCAGAAACUCAUCUUUGUGCUUUUUCUGAGUAUGUAUCUGGUCUCUGUGGUUGGAAAUGGGCUCAUCAUUCUGGCCAUAGAAUUGGAUAUACAUCUUCACACACCCAUGUAUCUCUUCCUUGCCAACCUAUCAUUUGCUGACAUUUCCUCCUCUUCUACCUCAGUCCCCAAAAUGCUGAUGAAUAUUCAGACCAAAAGUCAAUCCAUCUCCUAUGAGGGCUGCAUCUCACAGAUGUACUUUUCUAUUGUAUUUGUUGUCGUUGAUAAUUUUCUCUUGGGGGUCAUGGCUUAUGACCGAUUUGUGGCCAUCUGCCACCCUCUGAAUUAUACAAUCAUCAUGCACUCCAGGUUCUGUCUUUUUCUCACUGUUUGCCCAUGGGUUCUCAGCAAUAUUGUUGCCCUGACACAUACUCUUCUAGCCAAUCAGUUGGUUUUCUGCAACCACAACACCAUCCAACACUUCUUCUGUGACUUGGCCCCUCUGCUCAAACUUUCUUGCUCAGAUGCAAUGAUCAAUGAACUUGUGAAAUUUAUUGUGGGUUUAUCAGUCAUCACCUUUCCCUUUGUCCUUAUCCUCUUCUCCUAUAUCUGCAUCAUCAGGAAUGUACUGAGAAUUUCAUCCACAGAAGGAAAAUGGAAGGCCUUUUCUACCUGUGGUUCUCACCUGACAGUCGUAAUACUCUUCUAUGGGACUAUUGUGGGGGUUUACUUUUUCCCUUCAUCCACUCACCCUGAGAAUACAGACAAGAUUGGUGCAGUACUCUUCACUGUAGUGACACCCAUGGUAAACCCCUUCAUCUACAGCCUGAGGAAUAAGGACAUGAAAGAUGCUCUGAGAAAGCUCAUCAAUAAAAGACAUUUCCUCCCUUUGAUGUCAUGAGCAUCAGAACUCUUUUGAUCUGCACAA